AGAGAAACUCAGACAAAAUUUUCCCAAGCUAGAAUUCAACAUGUAGAAAAAUUUCUAGGCUUAUUCUGUGAUACACUGGCUUCGAUCACAAGAAAGAAUGCAAGACUUCGAGAUAAAGGUGAUUUACUGUCUAAGUAUAUAAUGGAAUAUGCUGGGGCAGAAAAAGCCAAUGUAACAACUCAGAAUUCACUUGUCAAAUUUGCUGAGAAUUUCUCUGCUAUUCAGGAUUAUAGACAAGCUGAGAUAAACAGAUUAGAAGCUAAAGUUGUACGUCCCUUAGCAUCAUAUGGUGAUGUUUGCAAACACAUGAAGAGCAUUGUGAAAUCAUCAACAGUAUCUCAUAAUAAAGAAUUGAAACAAAAACAGCAACUAGAAAAAUUACGUCAAAAAGCACCAGGUGAUCGUCAUCAAAUUGCUGAAAGUGAACUUCAAAGAGCUUCAAAAGAUGCAGUACAUUACAGUCAAGCAUUAGAAGGUGAAAUGGCCAAAUUCGAAAAAGAAAAAAUAGUAGACUUAAAGACUGUUCUUGCAGAUUUUGUAAGUGUUGAAAUGGCAUUCCAUGCCCGUGCUCUAGAAUUUUAUGCUAAAUGUGCUGAGAAUGUAGCUUCUAUAGAUGAGCAUGUUGAUUUGGAGGUAAAAAGACCUUCUGAAAUGUUAUUUUCAAACAAGAUCAAAUAA